GUCCGACAUGGUGUCGCCUCCUCCCGGGGCGGCGGCGGUGGCGGCUCGGGCUGGGCUCUGCGUCGGGCCGGCCCCGCGGCCGCUCAUGGGCAGCCAGGGCCGCUCGGGGCCCCCCGGGAACGGCGGGCCCGGCGAAGGCGAGGGCGGAGAGGCUAGGAAGCUGCAGGAAGGGAGGGUGGCGAGGGGGAAGCGAAGGAAGGGGAAGGGGAAGGGAAAAGCGAGAGCGGGGCAAGGCGGAAGAGGAAGCGGGACGGAAGGAAAGCCCGGGCCGCAGACGGCGAAGGAGGCAGCGGGGCCGGGGGCUGACGCGGGAGCGAGGGCAUGCCCAAGGGAGGAAGCAGAGGGAGGCGGAAGCGUGGAGGAAGGGGUGAGAGGCAUCGUCAAGGGAGUCGAGGGGAGCGCAGGGGCCGGGAAGGAGGCACAAGGAAGAGAGUAUGGGAAGAAGGAGGAAUGGAGGGUCAGGGCUAGGCGGCGGGAGGGCGCCAGGCCGGGAAGAGCACAGGGACGAGGGGGUCAGGCUUGGGCCGACAUCGCGGGGACACGGGUGGCCAUGGCGGCGGCGGCCGAGGAGGAGGAGGAGGCGGCGGCUCGGGAGUCGGCUGCCCGCCCGGCCGCGGGGCCUGCGCUCUGGCGCCUUCCGGAGGAGCUGCUGCUGCUCAUCUGCUCCUACCUGGACAUGCGGGCCCUCGGCCGCCUGGCCCAGGUGUGCCGCUGGCUGCGGCGCUUCACCAGCUGCGACCUGCUCUGGCGCCGGAUAGCCCGGGCCUCGCUCAACUCCGGCUUCACGCGGCUCGGCACCGACCUGAUGACCAGUGUCCCAGUGAAGGAACGGGUGAAGGUGUCUCAGAACUGGAGACUGGGGCGCUGCCGAGAGGGGAUUCUGCUGAAAUGGAGAUGCAGGCAAAUGCCCUGGAUGCAGCUAGAGGAUGAUUCUCUGUACAUAUCCCAGGCUAAUUUCAUCCUGGCCUACCAGUUCCGUCCAGAUGGUGCCAGCUUGAACCGUCGGCCUCUGGGAGUCUUUGCUGGGCAUGAUGAGGACGUUUGCCACUUUGUGCUGGCCAACUCGCAUAUUGUCAGUGCAGGAGGAGAUGGGAAGAUUGGCGUUCAUAAGAUUCACAGCACCUUCACUGUCAAGUACUCGGCUCAUGAACAGGAGGUGAACUGUGUGGAUUGCAAAGGGGGCAUCAUUGUGAGUGGCUCCAGGGACAGGACGGCCAAGAGUAAAAUCUUGGUGAGAGAUAGGAGAAAGGAAAAUCCACAAAUACAGGAAAGCUGUCAAGAGAGGCAAGCCCCACCCACCCACUUCUUCUCAGUCAAGUCUCCGCUGAGGAUUGUAGAACUUCUGAUUCCCCAAUAUAAAGUUGGCUGGUGUGGCCUUUGGCCUCAGGCCGGCUGGGGCAGUGCUUACACACCAUCCAGACCGAAGACCGAGUCUGGUCCAUUGCUAUCAGCCCAUUACUCAGACCUUUAUGGAUUUUCAUACAGUUUAAAAAUGUUUAUCUCCUUAUUCCAUCUGGGAUUGAUAUCUGCUGGGAGCUCUUUUGUGACAGGGACGGCUUGUUGCGGGCACUUCUCACCCCUGAGAAUCUGGGACCUCAACAGUGGACAGCUGAUGACACACUUGGGCAGUGACUUUCCCCCAGGGGCUGGGGUGCUGGAUGUCAUGUAUGAGUCCCCUUUCACACUGCUGUCCUGUGGCUAUGACACCUACGUUCGCUACUGGGACCUCCGCACCAGUGUCCGGAAAUGUGUCAUGGAGUGGGAGGAGCCCCACGACAGCACCCUGUACUGCCUGCAGACAGAUGGCAACCACCUGCUGGCCACAGGUUCCUCCUACUAUGGUGUUGUACGCCUGUGGGACCGGCGCCAAAGGGCCUGCCUGCACGUAAGUGGCCUGCCCACCUCUUCUCCAGCAUGCCAGGACUCAUGAUCAUGGGCUGCAUUUGGGAGAUGGUGAGGUAGCCAAGGACGUGCCUAGAAAGGGUUGGAAGAAGCCUACAAUGGCACAUGUCCCUCUUCCCCUGGGCCUGGGGAUCCUGGGUUGGGGCACACCCAUGUCCCACUUGGAAAGCUCUUACCACUUCCUGUGCCCUCCCUUCCAGGCCUUCCCACUGACGUCGACCCCCCUCAGCAGCCCUGUGUACUGCCUGCGUCUCACCACCAAGCAUCUCUAUGCUGCGCUGUCUUACAACCUCCACGUCCUGGAUUUUCAAAACCCAUGACCAUCAGGGCCACCCCUGCCUCUGGGCCAGGGAAACCAGCUACUCAGGGACCUCUCUUGCCUGGAGGCUGCAGUGAUAGCUCCUCCUCACUGCCCCACUGUGCUCCUGGGCCUGUGACCCCAGUGCUCAGGCACCUUGCACCAGAGGCUUCUGACUCCUGGAGCUCUGGAACUUACCAGAGAUGCAGUCCCUCCCAGGAACCUGUUGGAGAGGCAGGACCUGCUGCUUUAGAGUGCAGCUGAACCCGGGCCUUGCGUCCCUGUUUGGCCAGAGCAAGGACUUGGCCUGGAGAGGCCCAUCCUAUACCCCUUAUUAGAGCCACGACAGCCUACAGAGUGAGGUGAGGUGCUCCCACCUUCCCAGAUGGUUCCUUUCUGCCCCUUCCUGGAAGGAAAGGUGAGGCUGCCAAUAGCCUGCUGGCACCAGCAAGACCUCACCCUUGACCAACCUCUCGGGGCUGGGGGUUCAUUCCUGGGGCACUGUGGCCUGGUUUUGCUUUGAAACCAAGAAAGGGCAAAGGGAACCCAGCAGUUGAGUGAGUUCUGAGCCAGCCCUACCUCAGGCUGGCUGUUGAGACAUGCUACAAUUUUCAUUUUUGUAAAAAUAAAGCUUGAUUGUUCACA